CUUUAAAUUCGGAGAAAUUCAUCAGCUGGUUGAAGCUUUACGCAUGCCAACAACAUUCAUCACAACCAACCGGCUCAAACUGUCUUCAGUUGAUGCUUUGGCCAUGCUACUGAAACGGAUGUCGUAUCCUAAUCGCUUGGGUGACUUGGUGCUUUUCUUCGGACGAGAAGCAUCUGUUAUCUCGCGAUUCACAAAUGAAGUCUCGUUGUUUAUUCAUAAACGAUGGCAUAAUCUUCUACGGUGGGAUCACUGUCGGCUUACUGAAGAGGUUCUGCAGAGCUAUCACUGUGCCAUUUGGGACAAAGGUGGUAAACUAGACGGACCAAGUUCCAACCAGGAAUUGGUGUACAAUGGGUGGAAAGGGGUGCAUGCUUUGAAAUUUCAAAGUGUUGUUGCUCCAGACGGCUUGAUUUUGCAUCUUGAUGGGCCGUACCUUGGCAAACAUCACGAUGCUUGGAUUCUCCACGUUUCUGGGCUAUUGGGUGUACUGAAUGACCACCUGAGAUUUGGUGACAAAAGGUUCUGUGUGUAUGGUGAUCCAGCUUACCCGGUAACCGAACAUCUGAUUGGGCCUUUCAAGCCGCCACGUAAUCCGGAGGAACAAGAAUUCAAUAAAAUGAUGUCGGCAGUAAGAAUUGCUGUGGAAUGGGGAUUUGGGAUGAUAGCAUCCAAAUUUGCGUUCCUGGAUUUUGAGCGUAACCUCAAGAUGCUCUUACAGCCAGUAGCUCAGUAUUAUUUAGUCUGCGGGCUACUGCUAAAUGCUAUGACGUGUUUAAGAGGAAACCAGACGAGUAUGUUUUUUGAGCUCAAUCCACCCAACCUUGAUCAAUAUUUUACGGAUCAAGGUGCUCAGCAUGAGCCAGACUCUUGCUUUCAUUGUGAAACUUACAGCAAUGUAAGUGUUAAACGCAAACAACGGACAUAA